AUGGGGUUUGAUAUUUGUUCCACAGAGUUUGAGAGUGGUAGUGCCCGUAUGUUGAACUUGUUAGACGAGGAGGUCAUGUUAGCUUCCCAGAAUCCUAAGAAACAAGAUGGGAGAAAGAAGUUCAAAGAGACAAUACAUCCAAUGUAUCGUGGAGUGAGGAGGAAUAAUCCACAUAAAUGGGUUUGUGAAAUACAUGAGCCAAAUAAGAAGUCGAGGAGUUGGCUUGGGACUUUCCCCACUGCAGAAAUGGUAGCGUGUGCACAUGAUGUGGCAAUGAUUGCAUUUCGCGGCCAGUUUGGGUGUCUAAAUUUUGUUGACUCGGUGUGGCGGCUUUCGAUUCUGGCUCCAACGACGACGAAGGAUAUAUAG